AUGGGCCGCAAGAAGUCCAAGCGCCCCGAAAUCGUCUCCCGCUGGCAGACCUACCACGGCAAAGGCGACCUGGCCGACUGGCAGCGCCUCAUGCAGGACCUGGGCAUCUCGGGCGACUUCCGCAGCAAGGCCCAGUGCAGAAAGCGAGCACAGGCACUCAUCAGAGUCUGGGUCAACAUCUACGACUUCCUCGACGCCGUUGACAAUGGCAGCCCAGUCCAGUUCUUUCCGAACCAGCACAAGCUAGCCCAGUAUACGGUCAAUGAGAGCAAAAUCUUUCCGAAGAGAUUUAUCGAGAAGGGUUCUCCGCUGGCCGCCCUGAGGGCCAAGAUUUUGUGA